AUGGACACCAGCACCCUGUCCACGCCGACGGCCGAUCUUUUGGCCGACUACCUGGCCCUCUUCACCCGGCAGGAUGUCCGGGCUGAUGUUGGCACACGACUGCAGGAUCUGAUCGAUCGGGAAAACCAUUGCCGCAUGCUGUUCGCGCAGGAGCGCGAUCAUGCCCACCUGCAGGACCCUCAUUUGAUGCUGAUCCCCCUCUUCGGCCAGCCAGCAGGUAGCAUGGUGGCCCGUGACGCCGGCGAGGAGGCGGCCCUUUCGCCGGACGGACUGCCACUCUACCGGCUGAUGUUCGCCGAGACCGCCGAGACCCGGCGCUUUCGCAAGGCCCCCGGCGACCCGGUCAUCACCGGCUCCCUGGAUGCCUUCCACCGGAACUGGGAACUUUUCACGGAAAAUUCCCUGCGCUAUGUCAAGUGGGAUAAUGUGGUGGCGGCCGGGGGGUCCGUCUUGGCGUGCCUGAUGCCGGUCUUCGACCCGGACACGCCGAGCACCUUCCUGCCGGAUGCCGACGUCGCCUUCGGCCAGGUGGCCCGAGCCCGAGCCGCCAUGCGGGUGGAUGCAUCGGUCCGGACGCUGAAUGGCGCCACGGUCACCAGCCCGGGCGAGGCCAUCUCCCCCAAGCGCCAGCGGUACAUCUACCACAACAUGCUGUACCGGUCGUCGGACAUUGACCUCUUCAUCUAUGGUCUGGAUGAGGAGGCCGCCCGGGCCAAGCUCAUCGAGCUGUAUGAGGCCAUUUCCAAUGCCAUCCCCCAUGCGGCGCUGGUCUUCCGGUCGAAGUAUGCCGUUUCGAUUGUCAGCCAGUUCCCCUACCGGCACAUCCAGAUUGUCCUCCGCCGGUAUGCCUCCCCGGCCGAGGUGCUCAUGGGCUUCGAUGUGGACUGCUCCGGGGUGGCCUUCGACGGCCGGCAGGUGUAUGCCGUGCCGCGUGCCCAUGCGGCGCUGGUGUUCCAGCGCAACACCAUCGACAUGUCCCGGCGGUCGCCCUCCUACGAAACCCGACUGGCCAAGUACGCGGCCCGGGGGUUCGCCGUGCGGGCCCCCCACUUCGACCUCGAUCGCGUGGAUCCCCAGAUCCUGGAACGGCCCCUCGACCGGGUCCAAGGCUUGGCCCGGCUGCUGGUGCUGGAGCGCCUCCGGUCGCCGGUGGCCCUUCAGACCUUCCGAACCGAGCAGCGCCUCCGCCGGAUGCGUGUCGAGUCGACGGACGCCCAGUCGGCCGAUGGGCUGGCUGGCGGCCUGGCCGGCAACCUCCCGGCCGAUGAUGACAUUGACAAUGGCCGCGGCGAGGGGGGCUAUCUUCGCCAACAAAUCGAAAGUCGCCUCAGUCAAGACGCCUUCCUGCGGGACCGGCUCCAUGGGAGCCACAUCAGCGAGCUGUCGGACUAUGCCACGGUCUUCCUGCCCUGGGGCCCGGACUGGAAUGCCAAAAACAUCCGCGACCUGAUGGAGGGCAAGGACUCCAUGCUGAACUCGCCCUGGUUCGACCGGGGCAAGACAUACCACACCCAUCCCUGCUUCAUCGGCCGCAUGGCCACCAUCAUGGAGGACUGUUGUGGCUUUUGCCCGGCCUUCCCGGCGGACUUCGACAUCGCCGAGUCCCCCUUCGUCCACGGGCCGUUGGUCUUCUUGGCGGAUGACCCCGGCCGCCAGGCCAUCGGCUCCUUCCGGCCCAUCACCGACGGCGAUUGGAUGACAUCGGCCCUCCUUGACCCGGCGGCCGACUUGCUGGCCCAGGCCGCGGCGACCGGCGACCUGGGCCUCUUCCACCGGGCGCUGGAGCUGGAGUCGGCGCGUGUGGCGCAUGACCGGGCGGCGGCCCUCGCCGGCCAGGCCGCCGCCGAGCGGAUCGCCGCCGCCGCCCAGGCCGAUGUGGCUGCUCGGUUGGCCGAGGCGUCGGCCGCCACCGCGGCCAUGCUCGACCGGGGAGACCCCUACUGCGAGGUCUCCCCGGCCUGUGCCCUGGGCCGGCGCCUGGCCACCGCCCGAAGGGCCCACACCCAGGCGCAAGAGGCGCAGGCCGCGGCCGCCCGGCGACUUGCCGAUGUGCAGGGGAUCCGCCUGGAUGGCCGUGACUCGCUCGGCCGGACGCCCCUCAUCCUGGCCGUCCUCAGUGGGAACCGGGAGAUUGUUCGGGCGCUGCUGGACGCCGGGCUGCGGUCCCUGCGCGCGGCGGUGCUGCGCCUGCGGCACCCUCCCGGGCAGGCUCCCCCGGACGAGUCGGACCGCCGAGUGCUGGCCACACUGGAGCCGUGUCUGGAAUUGUCGCUCCCGGAGUGCGUGCAGCCGAGUUUGUCCGAGCGCGGCGCCGAUGGCCGGACGCCGCUGCACUUUGCCGCGCACUACCAUCGCACGGACAUUUUGGUCGACCUGCUGGAGUACAACCACCGGGUGCGGGAAUUGCUGCUCGAGGCUCGGAGCCUGCGCGCUGGGCAAUCACCCGAGGAGCCGGCCACGCCGGAGCCCGGGGCCUCCGCCCCCGAGGAGGACAUCGACCCUGAUCAGGGCCAUGCCAGCCCGGAUGGCGACACCAUCGACCCCGAGCUCGAGGAGAUGAUGGAGCUUGCCGAGUCGGACGACGACUCGGGGGACGACUCGGGGGACGAUGCGCUCGACGACCGGCAGCCCACCGAGACCCCCCGUCGGGGCAUGGCCGAUGGCUCGGGCGGCAUGGCGCCCCCCGCGCGCGAGGGCUUUGUGUCGGUCGAUUGCGAGGAUUGGGCCGGGCAUCUGACCCCCCUGCACUAUGCCAUCCUCUUUGGGAGUGUGGAAUGCGCGCGCGUGCUGCUGGCCCAUGGGGCCAGUGCGGGCCGGCCGUGCCUGCCCCUCGCCACGGGCUCCGGCGAGGCCCUGACCCCGCUGAUGCUGGUGUCCUAUGUCGAGGACACCGACACGGCCGUGGCCCUGGCCACCCUGCUGGUCGAGGGGGUGGACCUUGUGCCGUUGGCCGGGCAGCCGGCUGGCGGGCCAGCAGGGCGCUCGGCGCCGGCCUCCCUGGUGGACAUGAUGCUCACCCGGCAGCUGUCCGUGCUGGGGCUGUAUGCGGCCCGGUUGCGGGCGGAUUUGCUGACGGACUUCAUCGGCCGGCACUUCUCGGCCGAGCAGCUGGCCCCGCUGCUGACCCAUGUCACCCUGGACCAGUUGAACCCCCUCGGUCUGGCCAUUCGCAUCGGGUAUCUCCAGGGCGGCAGCCAUGGCCGCCAUAGUGCGCCGGCCAUUUUGCGUGAUGGGCUUGGUCGUGCCCUUCGCGAGCAGCUCACCUGCGACACCGUCCGGGCGCUGCUGCGCCUGGGGGUCCCGGCUCGCGUGCUGCCCGAGCACCAGGCCGCCUCCAAGGACCUGGCCAUGGCCACCUGGACCGCCGGGCUGUCCUUGCACAGUGCCCGCUGCUAUGAGACCCUCCCGGACGAGCUCCAGCCCUGCUACAUGGCUCUCGAGGCCCGGCUGCCCCGGGUGCUGGAGCUCCUCCUCGAGGCGGAUCCCUCGCUGGCCACCCUACGCCUUUCGGGCGUCGCACUCGCGCCUGCCAAGCUCCCCGACCGUCAGCUUGUCGCCCCCGCCGGCGGGGCUUUCGCCGCACGCGCCCCCCUCGGGCACGGGGCCGCCAUGCCGGAGCCGGCCUUCCACCUGACGGACUCGGUCCUGGCCACGGCCGCCCGGAUGGUGCAGGCGGCCCAGGCCGACGCCAGGGAGCUGGCCGCCCUCCAGGCUGCGGCUCCCGCGCUCUUUGACCUGCUCGAGCAGGUGUACUCCCAUGCGGAACUUGGCAAGGCCACCGCCACCAAUGAGGUGGCCAUCAACGCGGACGAUCUGGACAUUGCCGACAUCCGGGCGGCCAUGCGAGUCAUGCGCCGGGUCAUGCGCGACGAGUACCUUGCCGCGGCGGGCCUCGCGGGCCGGCCGACCGCCGGCGAUGAUGCCACCAUGACCGACGCCACACCGGACGCCGGCAGCAUGCCGGCCGGCCCCCAGGCAGACGAUGAUGCCGACCUGUCCGAUGCCCCGGAGCCGACCAUCGACCAUGAGGACUAUGCGGCCGGGCGGCCGGCGGUCGACCAGUUCCUCUGGCAAGCCGUCGGCAAUGUGGCCGGCCUGUCGAUGCCGGAGCCCCGGCUGUCGGAUCGGGAUGACCAGGUUUUCCGCCUGCGCAAUGCCAUCCGUCUGCGGAAUGGCGAGCCCCGCCUGCCCCGGGCCCCGACCGGGCUGUUCGAGCCGGCGGAGCUCUUCGACCCGGCCAGCGUGACGACCAUUCGCUCGGCCCUGCGCACGCGCCGGCAAAUCCUGCGGGAGAUCCACCGCCACGAGGCGCUUCCGGCCGCCGGCGCGGCCCCGGGCCCCGGGGUGAUGGUGACGCUUUUGCUGCACGACCUGGCCGUGGUCAAUUUCAUGGUCGGCCUGCCGGCCGGCGAUCGACUCGACGACCGGGACCCGGCGCGCGGCGAAUCCGGCCCGCUCGCGGCCGCCGACCACCCGCCAGGCCCCCUGCAUCGGUUGCGGCCUGCUGCGCGCGACGCCCUCGACCGGGUCAUGGCCGCCGCAUCCGACGGCCUGUUGGCCCGGCAGCGGGAGGACUUCCGCCGGCUGGGGCUCAUGCAUGAAUUGCUGGCCCGGCAUCUUGGCACGCCGUGCACCUUCCCCCGGCGGUAUCCCCCUGCCGGGGACCGGCUGGCGCCCCGGGCCAAGCGCGUGUGGGCCGCCGGCUACGACGACCCCGAGGCCCUGGCCCAGCAUCUGGUUCAGGAGGUGGCAUUCCGCGCGUGGGCCAAGGUCACCGUGUCGGUGGCCGAAUGCCUCCUCCGGAGCCUGACCAUGGAAGCCAUCCAGGCGGCCCUGGACCGGGAGUUCGAAGGGCACGAGCGCAUGGGCACCUGCCCCCAGCUGGGGGCCUUCAUCAGGCGCCUCGCUGGCGCGAUGCUGGCCCGGGUCCCGGGCACGCUGGAGGCGACCAUGGGCCAGGAUCGCCACACGUCCGAUUGCCGGGCCUUCGGCCCGGGCAGCGGCCAGGGGCCCGGUCUGCGGGUGGGCUUCCGGGCCGGGGGCCACCCGGUCCAGGGCCCGGCCAAUGAGGCCAUCUACCGGGCCCUCUUUGAGGCGGUCUUCGCCGGCGACACGGCCCUUGUGGCCCACUUGACCGACACGACGGCGCACGGCCCGCGCGUGGCCCUGGUGGACAGCUGUCUGAGCGGGUCAUCCAUGACCACGCCCCUUCGGGUGGCCCUGCGGUUCUUGCCCCGGCCCGCGGCGAUGGUGGAGCUGCUGCUCGCGCGGCUGGCUUGCCAGUACCGGCCGCGUAUCAGCGCGGCGGCGGUGCGCGUGGCCGCCGCCCAGGCGGCCGAGUCGCCCGGGGCCGCGGCCAAGCGCGCCGCCCGCAUCAGCACCCUCGACUUCUUGGCCAUGACCUUCGGCGAUGGGCCCGACCAGGCCCUGGACUAUCUGGAUGAGGAGCCGGCCCCGGGCCCGGGUGCCGGCCAUGCCGGGGGGCCAAAUGCCCCGGCGGAUGUGCCCCCCUCGCUGGGCCUCGGCCGGGGCCGCGGCAAGAUGGCCCACCGGGCCUUUGCCCGGGCUUACCGGGCCAAUUGCCGGGCCCAGAGCACGGUGGCCAGCACUGGCGCCUCGGCGGUGGCGCGGCCCGGGCCCCGGCACGAGGAUGGCCACUUGCGCUUCAGCUCGACCAGCCCGCUGGAGCAUCUGGCCACCUUGCAUACCUUCAUGCCGGCGGUUCGCCGCCGGCCCGGGCACACGGAUGCCCAAUUGGCCGGGCUCCAGCUGCUGGUGCCCCCAUCAUGCAAGCUGUCCCACCGGCGCCGUGCCAUGAUGGCCAGACAUUGGCAGCACUUCCGCCAUCGCCAUGUGGCCCUCGGCACGGACCCGGUGCCGGGGCUGGAUGAACUGGCCCGCCGCGAUGACCGGUGGGCCCGGGUCCCCGGGCCGGGGGACACCCCCGGCUGGGAGUUCCUCACCCAACUGCUUUCCAGCCAGGCCCAGCCGGACGAGCCCUCCCGGCCGGAAGUCUGCAUGAAUCUCCUGGGCGAGACGCUCUUCCAUGCGGCCGGGCUUGCCGAUGGCGCGGAGGAAGCCCUGGCCCUGGUGCUGGCCAUGCUCAAUGGCUUGCGUUUGGUGGAGGACACCGCCACCCGGCUGGACCGGCUGGCGGCCCGGAUCCAGGGCCACUUGACCUAUGCCCCGGGGCUGAUGCAGCUGCCCGAACGCCUGAUGGCCAACAUCGCCGCCGGGGCCCAGGUCAGCCCGCCGCCCAUGGCCAUCGCCAUGGCCAUGGACAUGCCGCGACAGGUGGUUCUGCUGCUCCUGCGGCGCUUCGGCGGCGGGGUCAACUUCGCGCUGUGGCCCCUGCCGGCCGAUGUGCCGGUGGCCGCGGCCCGGCGCCAUACGGUCCUCACGCGGUCAUCCAAGACCCAGCUGUUCGCCGCCCCGGCCGACGGCGGCGAGGGCCUCGCACGCUCAUCCCGCAACAUGCUCACCUUGGUGGCUCUGUCCGGCGGCGCGGGAGCCCGGCCGGAGGGCUUCGAGCAUGUGGACCCGCCGGCCAUCAUGCCCGCGGGUCCCCUGGCCGAGAAGCACCCCUUGAGCUUCCUGCCCCCGGUGACGGUGGCCCUCCUGGCCGGGCAUCGGGACCUGGCCGGGUGGCUGGCCGCCGACCCGGCCCCGCGACAGGCCUUCCGCGACUUCUGGCACCGCAAGCCCGCCCGCCGGCCGGUGGCCGACCUGUCGCUGGCCGGGCAAUUCCCCACCGUCGACCAGCUGGCCCUGGUGGUGCCGGACACCGAGCGCAGUGUCCUGCGGGCCCUCGGCCGGGAGGUCCUCCUGGAUGUGGCCCCCCUCGAGCGGGCCCUCUUCCGCCUGGACACCGUGCUCAAGGUCCCGGCCCGGCCCGGCGAGGAGCGCACCCACACGGAGUACACCACCGCCGUGGCGGCGGUCACCAUGCUCAACAGCCAGCCGGCCGCGGCCCUGCUCCGGGAAAUCCUCACCGCCGAGCCGUACGGCCUCGGCCCCGGCCAAUUGGCCAGCCUGGCCGGCACCGGCCUGGCCCUCGAUUCGCAGGCCCUGCCCAACAGCCUGGCCGCCUGGGUGGCCGGCUCGGCGGCCGACGACCUGCCCCUGGUGGCGGUUGAAAGCCACGACGUGGCCCUCAGCCCGUUGGCCCUGGCGGCCGGGCUCGGCCUCGCCGGCGCCACGGCCGGCCUCCUGGCCGACCUCCAUGCGGAUCCCUCCCAGGAGGACCCCCUCCGCGGCUGGACGCCCCUGCACCAUGCGGCAUACUCGCACCAACCAACAAUAGCCGGGCUGCUUCUGGCCACGGUGGCCGCGCGCGCCGGGGCCGACCCCCUGGCGGCCGUGCGCCGGGCCAUCUUCCAUCGGAGCCCGGUGUCUGGCCUGAGCGCGGUGCAUCUGGCCGCCGAGCGUGAUGCCCAUGGGGUCCUGCGGGAAAUGGCCCUGGCCCUGGCGCGCGCACGCUUCCACACCUCGGCCCCCGAUGGGGGGCACAUCCUCCGCGCCCAGGCGGAGCUCUUCCAGCCGGAACACCACACCACCUCCGGCCGGGACUCGCCGCUGCAUGUGGCCCUGCGCUUCUCGCACUUCCUCCUGACCGUGGAGAUGCUCCUGAUUUUGGCCGUCGAAACCACGGUGGAGCAUGGCCCGCGUGAUGCCGGGCCCCUGGCCGAUGCCCUGCUCCGGGCCAUGGGCACUUCGGUCGGAUGCCUGCGCCAUGCCGCGAUGCCGGGCGGCCCACUUGCCGGGGUCCAUUGGCCAGGCCUCGCCCGGGCCCUGUUGACGGAAAAUGCCUCCGGCAUCACGGUGGCCGACCAUCUGUUCGCAAUCGACCGGCAGGCUCUCGCGGCCAGCCACAUUUCCGCACCCCACCAGCCCUUCAGCAGCCAGCCUCUGCGUUGCUCGGACCUCACCCGUGCCCUUGGUGUGGAGGCCCCGGUGGCCGGCGCCACCGGCACGGCGCACUUCACCUCCAUGGGUCGGCUUUUCAGUGCCCUGCGAGUCCUGGCCAGCGUGGUGGCCUUCGCCCCCGGGGCGCCCUGUCGCUUUACCAUCCGGUCAUCCGACGCGCGCAGGGCCCUCUUCCAUCUGGCCGACCAGACCAUGCUGCAGUUUGAGCGCAUCAAUUCCAGCGAUCACUACCAGGACGAAGAGGACCAAUACUACACCGGGGCCGAUCCCUCGCUGGCCAGCAAUGGGCUCCUGCGGAUUGCCUGCUUUGAGGGCAAGCCAGCUCGGCCGGACCUCACCGCCGAGAAGGCCAUCCCCCUGCCGCUGCUCCUUCGGAACCUCCUGGUUGAUGCUUGA